CGUGCCACCUCCGCCAGCCUCCCCCGGUUGCUCCCGCCUGUCCCCACCCCCGGAGGGGGCGUUGGUACAUUCCUGCGGACUCCGGGAGCUUAAGAAGCGCGCCAGCCCGCGAGCCCCGCAGGGCAGAGCUUGAGCCGCUUCUCCCGGGGACCAGAGCGCGCGCGCGGCCCGGCCAAGCAGGUCUCUUCGCGCCGCAGCGCCGCGCGCGUCCCGGGCUCUCCGGCUCUCGGGUCUCGGGUUUCGGGUCUCGCGCGCGCUAGCGGAGCUGCGCAGCCGGCGGCCGGGCUCCCCCUCGCGGCUCCUGCGUCCGCCCCGCAGUAGCCCCGCAGCAGCCCUCGGCGAUGGAGCAGACCGCCUUGCUCAAGCCGCGCACGCUGGCCGAGCUGAUCCGCGUCCUGCACCAGCUCUUCGCGGGCGAGGAGGUGAAUGUGGAGGAGGUGCAGGCCGUCCUGGAAGCCUACGAGAGCGACCCCGCCGAGUGGGCGCUCUACGCCAAGUUCGACCAGUACAGGUACACCCGAAAUCUUGUGGAUCAAGGAAAUGGAAAAUUUAAUCUGAUGAUUCUAUGUUGGGGUGAAGGACAUGGCAGCAGCAUCCAUGACCACACAGACUCCCACUGCUUUCUGAAGAUGCUGCAGGGAAAUCUGAAGGAGACAUUAUUUGCCUGGCCUGACAAAAAAUCCAAUGAGAUGACCAAGAAGUCUGAAAGGAUCUUGAGGGAAAACCAGUGUGCCUACAUCAAUGAUUCCAUUGGCUUACAUCGAGUAGAAAACAUUAGCCACACAGAGCCUGCUGUGAGCCUUCACUUAUACAGUCCGCCUUUUGACACAUGCCAUGCCUUUGAUCAAAGAACAGGGCACAAAAAUAAAGUCACCAUGACAUUCCAUAGCAAAUUUGGAAUGAGGACUCCAUUUACAACUUCAGGAUCGCUGGAGAACAACUAAGAAGCUCCAAACCCUCUGAAGUUUUACUUUAAAUCCCAGGAAAGUUUUAUGUUGAGCAAAAAGACCUCCCACUAGCUUUCUAACUAGUCAUUGACUUAAAAAGCCAGCACUUUGAUCUAUUAUUGGAAGGCCAAUGCUACCUAUAAGUCAAUUAAAUAAACAAAUAAUUCCUGCCACCCUUCAGCUCCUGCAGAAGAAAAAUUGCACUGAAUUAAAAAAAAAAAAAGGCUAGUGAUUUUAAAGGCCAUUACCAGGCACUUUUAUUUGCUUUUAUUCUCAUUUCUGUUGGUACCAGACGGGGAGCUUCAGUGAAGAUUUUCUUUUUGUUUGUUUUUGUCAUUUUUUUUUUUUUGGAAGCACUUUUGUCUCUGAACUGUAGUUAGCAAUAAAGAGAGACCAGAAACCACAGACAUCCAAGGCUUACCUGGUUAUGCAUAGGGUUACAUAUAGAUAUGUCUCUAAUAUGCUUUAUAGCCUCUUCAUAUUUGAAAUUUUUUUUUCAAUCUGAGUUUGUAUUUUUUUUUUUAUGUCUUGACUUUAUAAGUUCCUGUUCUCUAAAUAACAGAUUUCUGUAGGUUAAAGAAACUGAUGACACUUUUCCACUUGGCAAAUGAGAUGGAAGGACAGAGGAUUUAGGAUAGCACCUGGACCCAAACCCACACUAAAGCAGAAGGGCAAAUUCAUGUCUAAGGUUUCCCACAGUUGUAGUCAAAGAAUUAGUACUGGUCCCCAGUUGCCCAAGAAUUUUAAUAAAACUAGAUUUGAACACAA